AUGUCCGCGGAAUCCUCAAACAUCUGGGACAAGGAUGACGAAUGGGCUGGAGUGAGCAGCUCCAGAGAGCGAAGGAAACGGCAGAACCGGCUCCACCAACGAGCGUAUCGUGCCAAAAAGCGGCUCGAGAAGUUCCCUGUAGCACUACAUGCCGGUCUCGACGUGACGUCUAAAGCUGCUGCGGCUGGUGGCCCGAAACCGAGCGUCUCGGCCGUCAUCCAGUCUACGACCUCCCGCCAAGAGCAAGCUCAGCUCUUCACAGCCGUCAUUGAUCAGCUCCCACUGUUAGUCCUCGUCAGGUGCACCGGGCUCCACGAGAGAAUCAAGGAGUUCCUGCAGAUGGCGUUUACCAACUGGGGCCUGAACCUGCCUGCGGCGCGCGACCUGCCGCUCGUGACGCGGCUAAACACCUUUGACGCGCUGGCCCGCAACGCGCUGAUGCUGCAAAUACCAUUCGAGAUGCUAGAAACGGACGAAUUUUGUUCCCUGUUCAACUAUCAAGGGCCUAAUACACCAGAUCGGUCGAACCUUCCCGAAACGCUGCGUCCGACCGAACUGCAAAGGACUGUGACGCAUUAUUCAUGGCUGGAUCUGUUCCCCAUUCCGAAGAUGCGGGAUAACAUACUGCGGGGCAUUGAGGCGGGGAUAUAUGAUGAGGACGUCUUGUGCGAAACGCUCUGCUGCGAGCUGCUGAAUCUCGAGGACGGGACGAACGCGGCUCUCGUCGUAUGGGGCGAGUCUUGGGACGCCGCAGGGUGGGAGUUUAGCGCCGAGUUCUUUUCAAAAUGGGGCCCCUUGUUGCAUGGCUGCGAUGAAGUGCUGGAAUCGACAAACUACUGGAGGCGAAAGAGGGGUGCAAGAUGUCUUGAAUUUGUAUUGAGUUAG